UUUUUCCCCGCAGCCGUGUCCCGGAGUCCUGUUGCCGGCUGCCGGCCGCUGGUCCCUGCUAUUUCGUUGUUAUUUCCGUCCGGCAACGUGAUGUUAACUGAGAUGGGAAAAGAUGAUUUUUCCGCGGCCGUGCCCCGGAGUCCUCCUGUUGCCGGCUGCCGGCCGCUGGACCCUGCCGUCCUCGCGUCGCCGGCCUCCUUCCGCUCCAGCGCCCCUCUCCGUCUCCCGCCACUCUCCGUCUCCCAGGCCAGUGGGGCGGCGCUCCAACGGCGGCCGAAGCAGUGUGUGCUUACCUGUGCGGCGAUGCUCGCCCGUCCGUCCCGUGGCUGGACCGGCGGUGCUCGCCCGCCUGCGCGCGCCCGGGCCGCGGGAAGGAGGGGCAGAGGUAGCGAGGAGGCCAAAUCGACGAGCGGCGGCCCCCUCGAGCUCCCCUGGCAGCCAAUUCGACGAGCCACCGCCCACUCAAGCUCCCUUCAUGGAUGAAUCAGCCUCAAAUUGAAGAGGCGGACAACGAUCAGUGGUGGACGGCCUCUUCCUCACCCAUUAAAGUACCAAUUAAAGACUGAAUCUCUGACGAGCCUCUUCCUCACCCCCGCUAUCGUCCUCCCCGGAGGGGCGGCGCCGCGAAGCCGGCGAGCCGCGCGGGCGCCAAGUCGUCGUGGGGCAUCGUGAAGGACAUGAUGGACACGGAGAAGCGUGACCUGCUCGCCGAGCACGCCGAGGGCCUCCUGGACGUGGGGAAAUCGAUCCUCGAGAGCUACUCGAGGGUCCUGGAGAGCCUGGCCUCGAACAUCAUCGCGCAGAUCGACGACCUGCUCAACGUCGACGAGCUGAGCAAGCUGUCAGACCACCUCCUCGCCGGCGGCGCGGACGGGAACAUCGCCUGCAAGAACAGCAGCAGCAGCAGCAAGGACGCGGCGGUGCUCGCCUCGGGCACGCCGUACGCGACGGCGUACGCCACGCCGAGCUUCUCGCCGGCGCAGCUGUCCAGCCCGUCAAAGAUCGGCAGGGCCCUGUUGGUCGACCGCCGGUCGCACCACGCCAAGGGGGCCGGAGCCAAGAGAACAGCGACGCCCGCGGCUGACCGGGCCGGCACGGGGAUGCCAAGCUCGCCUCGACGCAUCAGCUGCUUCAGUCGCACGGCUGGGAGUACGGGCGGACGGGGAAAAUCGAGUUGAGCGAGCGAGAGAGAGAGGAGUUAGGCACUAACGGGUGGGACCAGGUGUAAAAUCGUCUUUUUAAACUAAACUUCACAGCACAUGGGUAGAAAUAGCAACGGAAUGGCAUUGAAGGGGUGGAGCAAAAUUCCUAUGGUAUUGAAGGAACUUCUAAAUUUUUAUGGCACUAAAGAGAGACAUCAAAAUUUCUAUGGCACUGAGAAAAUUGGCUUAUUUUUUAAUUUAGGAAUCCAAAUAAACUUUGUUAGAUUUAAUGCAGGCUCAAUAAGGUUUCAUUUAAUUCAUUUUGAAUUUAGAGCAUUUAUCGUGAAUUAUAAAUAAAUUAUUUGGUCAUAAAAAGAAUGUAAGGUAACAUUGAU